AUGGCAGAGGUGGGAGCGGUCUUCACCUCUCUGGACUGGGAUCUCCACGGCUUCUCCUCCUCGCUGGGGAGCGUGCCCUUCGCGGACUCCGCGGGCGUCCUGACCGAGCGCCUGGGCCAGAUCGAGGGGAAGCUGCAGCGCGGCUCGCCCACCGACUUCGCCCACCUGAAGGGGAUCCUGCGGCGGCGGCAGCUCUACUGCCGCACGGGUUUCCACCUGGAGAUCUUUCCCAACGGCACGGUUAAUGGGAAUUGCAUUUCCUUUUUUGUUCAAGGAAUCCUGGAGUUUAUCAGCCUGGCUGUGGGACUGAUCAGCAUCCGAGGAGUAGACUCUGGACUGUACUUAGGAAUGAAUGAUCGAGGAGAAUUAUUUGGUUCGAAGAAACUCACACGUGAAUGUGUUUUCCGGGAACAGUUUGAAGAAAACUGGUACAACACCUAUGCCUCCACCUUGUACAAACACUUGGACUCAGAGAGACAGUAUUAUGUUGCUCUGAAUAAAGAUGGUUCACCCAGGGAGGGAUACAGGACUAAACGACACCAGAAAUUCACUCACUUUUUACCGAGGCCAGUAGAUCCUUCUAAGUUGCCCUCCAUAUCCAGAGACCUCUUCCAUUAUAGGUAACCAAUCCCAAGCGUGACCACUAUGACCCAUAGAUUGUGGGGCCACUGUUGUCUCUGCAGCCACUAUACUCAUAGCGUUUAAAUCCUUUCUUACUACCAAUUUAAAUAACAGGGAAGCACUCACUGUUCAACUUCAACCUAGCUGUUCCCUUGUUGUUCGAAGUGUAUAUCAAGGUUGAGUUAUUUGGGGGAGGGAUAUGUAGAGAGGGGGUGGGCUAGAGGGAAUCUUGUAUAUACCUUUUUCUGUAUUCAUGUU